AGCGUGAAUCUUGACGCUUAGACCUUUGGUGAUUUUAUUGACUUCACAUUCAGGGAUCCUCCCCAGCGCAGUUAGUUGAAUGCGCUCGUUGUGAGACGACAGUGCCAUUCAAAUUACACGGCUGUUGUGUAUUCGCUCAAACAUUAAAAGCAUUUUGAGGUACAACAUAUAAGUAAACGGUGUAAUCCAUGCUUGUUACUGCUGUAAUGUAAAGAUGGCGAGGCUGCUUCGCAAUUUACUGUUGUUUACAGUCAGAGUGACGCUAAAGAUCAGAGUCCUUGGUUUCUGGGCACUGGUUUACGGUUAUUGCGCUUUCUACACUUGCAUCGUUCUGCUAAAACUUUUGUGGAGCAUAAUAAUAAGGCCGUUAAAAACAUUCCAGUGGGUUAUCCGAGAAAAUGCUCCUGCCUGCUUGAAUGACACGUCCUUGGGAACGCACUGUUAUGUUAGAAUUAAGGAAUCCGGGUUGAGAUUCCAUUACGUAGCUGCUGGUGAAAGGGGCAAACCUCUGAUGCUGUUUCUCCAUGGAUUCCCAGAGUUCUGGUUUUCAUGGCGACACCAGCUGCGAGAGUUCAAGAGUGAGUUCCGAGUUGUAGCUGUGGAUAUGCGGGGGUACGGGGAGUCAGACGUACCGGCUGGGAGAGAGCACUACAGGCUGGACUACCUAGUGACUGAUGUCAAGGAUAUUGUGGAGUACCUGGGUUAUAACAGGUGUUUCCUGGUUGGCCAUGACUGGGGUGGAAUGAUUGCCUGGUUAUUUGCUAUCCAUUAUCCAGAGAUGGUGAAUAAAUUGAUUGUUUUAAAUUGUCCUCAUCCUACUGUUUUCACUGAUUACACUCUGCACCAUCCCUCCCAGCUGAUGAAGUCAAGUUACUUCUUCUUUUUCCAGCUGCCACGGUUUCCUGAAUUCAUGUUUACCAUCAAUGAUUUUAAGGCUGUAAAAUAUUUGUUUACUAGUCAGACCACAGGGAUUGGGAGGAAAGGCUGCCGGCUGACGUCUGAAGAUAUGGAAGCCUACAUGUAUGUGUUCUCCCAGCCAGGCGCUCUCACUGGGCCACUCAACUACUACAGAAACGCUUUCAGCUUUCUGCCUUUGAAACAAGAAGAGGUGAAAUCACCAGUUUUACUUCUUUGGGGAGAAAGGGAUGCGUUUUUGGAACAGGAGAUGGCGGAAAUAUCAAGAUUAUACAUAAAAAAUCACUUCAGACUGAAUAUUAUUUCUGGAGCUAGCCACUGGCUUCAACAAGAUCAGCCAGACAUUGUGAACACAUUAAUAUGGACGUUUCUGAAAGAAGGAGAGUCAAGGAAAAACUACAGAAACUGAUUACUGCAUGUGCUGCUGCUGAAUACUUGGAAUUGCCUGUGAAAACUUUUAAAUGCAAUCAUCAUUGUUUUAUUUAUAUACAAAAAAAAAAAAAGUUUUUGCACAUAACAUUAGCCUUAAUAUUGGGGCAUACGGUCACCUUGUGAUUUGUAUUGUGUGGUGCCUUUGAUUAACGUAUUAAUGUGAAGAAUACAGUUACAGAGCUGUUUAAAUGCUUGAUAACCAUCACAAAAACGCACAUUUUGUAUAAUUAAAACCAUCCUUUGUAAAAUUGAAGGUGUGUUCUCUUAAAAUGAUAAUGUUCUUCACAUUUGUAUUUUUGACAACUGCUCAGAUAUAUAAGAAUGUUGUUAUCUUUAUCUUUGAGUAUAAAGUAAUGGUUAAGUAUUGUAAGAAUUUUGUAUCUCUUGUCUUACACAUGCAUAUAUUAAUUCAUCGAUCCAGAUCAAAGCCAUUCAUUUUUUUAAAGCAAAUAAACAGCAAAAACAA